ACGCACUUCCGGACAUGCGUGGAUGCGACUUCCGGCGCCGGCCAUUUUCUGGUGCCCAUAGAUGGGCAAAGCGACACCAGAAAAAUGGCCGCUGACAGGAACAAAAAUAAGGGAAAUUAACGGGAGAGGAGCUGGAACGGGAGACCUCCGGGAAACGGUAAGUAAAAACAGGGGUUUCCCAGGAAAUACUGGGUACUUGGCAGGUAUGUCCUAAAAUCACAAGGAACCAUCAGACUUGCUAAAACGGUUUUCUUGGAAAUCAAAAAUCAUAAAAACUUGGAGGGGAAGGGGAGCCAAGAAAGAAGUUCUCAAUCUCCACAGUGAACUUCAUUUCAUCCAGUCUUCUGCAGACUGAGUAUCAGUUAUCAUUUCCAAAAAAGAAAGAAAAAGAAAGGAGGUGUUGAGUAUCAUCUGUUUAUUUUUUUUGCAUUUUAUUUUCCAAUGGAAAGGUAUGUUUUGGCCAGGGCAGUCUUAAGUAUACCUGGUGCUGUGGUGCAAAGAUCCCUUCAGUCCCCCCCCCCCCCCAGUUUCCCAGAGUUGCCCAGCAGCUUUGCGGGGCUGGAGGAGACGGGCAGUGGCCGGAGGGUGGCUCCGGCAUGGCAUGGUGGAGGCGGGCGAGGGCAGUGAGCUGAUGCCGGGAGGCGCCGCGUUCAGCCUCCGCCUCUUCCCUGGAGCCCUCCAGAACUUGGCGCCCUGGUGCCCCGCGCCACUUGCCUCUAUGGGCAAGACGCCCCUGGUUUUGGCAACAGGAGGUGUCUAGGAAGAACAGGAAUAGCUGAAUUGACCUUUGCCAAUCUGGUGCCUUCCAGGUGUUUCAUACUACAGCUCCCAACAGCCCCCCUGUUUAGGGACAACAGCUCCCAUUGGCCAUGCUGGCUGAGACUGAUGGGAAACAACUGAAGGACAUCACCGUGGCAGAGGUUGAGAUAGAUCACAGUCUUUGUAGGUGAAAGUCAUGUAGGUGUUACCUGCUUAACCUAGAAACAUGUGGGAGCUGUAUCUGAUGUUAAUGACUGCAAUGUUUUAAAAAGGUAGGGGUUAACUCUUUUGUACCCAAGUUCAUCAGUGUGCAUGGAAGAGGAAGCAAAACUUUCAGUUCUUUGCAUGAACACUUUCUUUCCCCCGAAAUCUAAGCCCACAACUUUAACCUGGGUGAUAGAAAAAGCCCCUGGCCCCUUUUUAAGUUUGUCAUCAGUAUCACCCAGGGGCAAAUUGCAGGAUUCAGAAAAUAGGUGCUGACUUCUAAUGUGCCUCUUAUUCUGAUAGUGGGGGACGUGGAACCGACACAUAUUCGGCAGCUAAAUUUGGAUACCUAUCCUGAUAACGUUCAAGGUAGUGGCCAUGGCCGAAGAAAUCAAGAGUGGCGAUCUCGGUUUUGCCUUCGGGGGGGAAAGUGUAGGUGUCCCGGACUUUGACAGUGUUACUCUUUGACUCCGGUGAUAAUUAUAGCUAAGUGCAGGAGCUAAAGCACUCCUCUGAUCUGGAGUUUUCCUCUGAGGUUGCUCCUGUUGCCACACCUCCUGCGUAGGUCAGGAGGUGUGCCACUAUAUAAUAACUCUCCCUGGCAGCACCUGCUGCACGGGAUCAGAGCAGGGCACUUGUGCUGCAGCAAUGUCCCAUCCGGAGAAACCUCAUUGGAUGGAUGCAGCCGCAGCCCAGGGAGGAAGCAUUGAGCUGGCAGGGGCUGUGGUUUCUAAUGCUUCUUCUCCCGCAGCCACAAUGUCCACCAGGCGGUUGCGCAGUGAAGACUACAAUGACUACAGCUCCACAGAAGCGUCUCCGGACAGUAGCCCUCCAGAAGGCUUGAGCAACUUUUCCAGCCCGUCGUCCUAUCAGCGGUUUGGAGAGGCAAACGGGACGACAUGGUUUCAAACCUUAAUACACCUUUUGAAAGGCAACAUUGGUACCGGCCUGCUGGGGCUCCCAUUGGCCAUCAAAAAUGCUGGCAUUGUGAUGGGUCCUCUCAGCUUGUUUGGGAUUGGAAUAAUUGCGGUGCACUGCAUGCAGAUUCUGGUUAAGUGUGCUCACCACUUCUGCAACAAGCAUCAGAAACGAUUUGUGGAUUAUGGCGAUGCUGUGAUGCAUGGACUGGAAGCCAGCCCCGUUGCGUGGCUUAGGGCUCACUCCAUCUGGGGAAGGCACCUGGUUGGUUUUUUCUUGAUUAUCACUCAGCUGGGGUUCUGCUGUGUAUAUUUUGUAUUCCUAGCUGACAAUCUGAGACAGGUGAUAUCUGCGGCCAAUGGCACAACCAACGACUGCAGUGCCAAUGAAACUUCGCUAUUGGCUCCAACCAUGAGCUCCCAGUUAUACAUCCUGUCCUUGUUGCCAUUUGUGAUAUUGCUCGUCUUUAUCCAGAAUCUCAAGUUCCUUUCCAUUUUCUCCAUGCUGGCCAAUCUUCUCAUGUUUAGCAGCCUGAUAAUGAUAUACCAGUACAUUGUGAGGGGCAUUCCAGAUCCCUCCCAUCUGCCUAUGGUGUCCCAGUGGAAGACCUAUCCUCUGUUUUUUGGCACAGCUAUCUUUGCUUUUGAAGGCAUUGGAGUGGUGCUCCCUCUGGAAAACAAGAUGAAGACCCCUCACCAUUUCCCCAUCCUCCUCUAUGUGGGAAUGGCAAUUGUCACCACCCUCUACCUCAGCCUUGGAACCCUGGGAUAUUUGCGCUUUGGAGAAAACAUCCAGGCCAGCAUCACUCUCAAUCUGCCUAACUGUUGGUUGUAUCAGUCUGUCAAGCUGCUGUACUCCAUUGGGAUCUUCUUCACUUACGCACUACAGUUCUACGUCCCUGCAGAAAUAAUCAUUCCUACGGCCAUCGCUCAGGUCCCUGAGCACUGGGCAUUAUGGUGCAAUCUGCUGCUGAGGGCAUCCUUGGUCUGCGUAACAUGUCUGCUGGCAAUCCUGAUUCCUCGACUGGGCAUUGUCAUCUCUCUGGUGGGCUCAAUCAGCAGCAGUGCCCUCGCCCUGAUCAUCCCGCCCCUUCUGCAUAUUGCCACCUACUACUCUGAUGGCAUGCACCCCUUGACCAUUGCCAAAGAUAUCCUGAUCAGUUUCAUUGGUUUUGCUGGGUUUGUGGUGGGAACCUAUGAGUCUCUCUUUGAACUCAUCGUACCAACUCCCACCGCCGUCAAUGCCACCGGUGCCUUAUAAAUGACACACUAAACCUGUGCGCACCUUUCUAUUUUCCUUUGCUAUAGAAUAUUUCGUCAGCCUGGCUGGAUCCUGGUUUCCAUUGUAGCAACUGCAGUGACUCGUUGCCACUUCUUUGCUUCCCGGCCGUAUUUAUUUUGCUGAUUUAAAUGCAAGCGGACAGUGGAAAAGGCAGGACUCUUAUCCGCGUCUAUGCUUCUUUAUGCAAAGUCAGGGGCGGUUGAUUGAAGAACCUUCACGGCACAGUUAUUAGUCUUUGAUAAGAGUGGGAUUCUGUUGUCUGCUCCAGUGCGAGUCUCUCUGGUAGAAUGAUGCUGAAUAGUCUGCAGGGAUCUUGGUUUAUACAGUCUCCUCUGGAAUCUAGAGAAUUAAUAAUUCCAAUACUGUCAAAAGGGCGACAAAGCGCUUUAAACAUCAUGUUACCAUGCCUUGGGAAGAGAACCCAAGACCGAGUGUAUGGGCUGGAGGCACAAGAUGCCACCAUUUUGCUGAUGCUAAGCAGGGUCGGGUCUGGUCGGUGCCUGGAUGGGAGGCCUCCUGGAAACCUCCUGAAUGCCACCUUGGAUUCCAUAACAGAAGUAUGAUGGGAUUGAAACAAACAAACAAAAAUCCUUGAAUCUCUUUGCUGCUGUUCUAAAAUGCUUCUGUCUUACAGAUUGCAUUGAGCUUUAAAUGUGUGUCUGCAUUCUUGGGGAAAUGACAUAUAACUUGGAAGUGGUAGCCAGCACAGAAUAGGAGAGAAACCAACAGAAGUCUGUUAGCUGUUUUUUUAAGUGGACUGCACAGAUUGAAGAGCCUGUUGCUAAUGUCCCCUUCUUGCUUUCUGCCCUGUCCCCUUCUCCACUUUUGGGUUCAUAUCAGCAGUAACGAUGGAGUCGUAGGUAGACUCAAGCGCAAUAAAAUACAACGUACAGUACUUGGACCACUAAUUGGGUUGUAUGCUAAAGAUGGCAGUUUCUGUUGCUCCUCAGCAGUACUCCAUGGCAGGGGGUAUACUUGAGACUCUGUGGUUUCAAGAAUCCUGGGAGAAAGGUCCUUGUAUGAAUUGGGCAUAGGAUACGGUAAUAAUUUCAAAGAGGGAGGUAAUACUGAUUAUAAUCCAUGGCAGGACAUAGUCAACUGUAGGAUACAAGCCAUCCUUUCCUGUUUUGCAAUGAAAGUUGCAACAAGCAGUUGCUAAACAUUCGGUUUUGAAGAAAAGGAAGCAGUGACCAUACAAAAUGUACAGAAAUCACAACUGUUGAUGCUGUGCCCAUGUAUUGGGUCAUAAUUCAAUGGAAUCUAACUUUGCCUACAAAUGAGAGCCAUUUUACAUGAGAGGACAAGACAAGCACACCCAUCUAGAGAGAGAGAUGUGGGAUGAUUUUGGCUGCCCCUCUUGUGACUCCUAUGCACACAGUUGGGAGCUUGCUGUUGAACAUGACUUUCGUUAGUUGUCAUCUGUGCGGUCUUCACAUGUGUACGUUUUUUACUACACCUGCUGAGUAAAAUGUCCUAUGCUAAAAGGCCCUGAAAAAUUAACCAAUCAAAGCCCCCCACAAAAAAAAUAAAGGUGUUGAAUAUGUACAUGAAAAGUCUUACUUUUAAAAAUAACCUUGCAUUUUUUGUCUUCUACUAUAUUAUUUCCUCUCCUGUUGAUACAGAUUUUACAAUCACAUUGCUUUCUUAAAAUAACUGGUCUGGGAUUUUUUUAAAAAGCAAAACUUAAUGUGCCAGCUUGAUUUGGUGAAGUUCUUUUGUCUAAAAUUCAAAUUUUGCACAUUAGCUAACCAUAACUUGGAGUGCAGUCCUAAAUAUGUCUACUCAGAAGUAACUUACUGAGUUCAACUUAACUUUCAGUGCAUGUUGUAUGGUAUUGUACACUUACUAUUUUAACAAAGCCCAUUUUAAACUUUAUAGUGGACGCAAACCAACUUCCUUUUUUUAAAAAAAUGCUCAGAAGUAUAUUUUAAUUGUUUGUUACAGCAUUAAUUUAUUGAGUAUGUAAUAUAACUGUUUCUGGUUGCUAAAGUCCUUGUACAUAUGUACAGCUUACAUUGCAGUGUCUUGCACUUCUGUCUUGAUUCAUCAAGGCUUCCGACGGAUCCUGUAUUUAUUUCUCUGGGUGUAACCCUUAUUGAGUUUAAUGGGAUUUGCUUGUGGGUAAAUUUGUGCAGAAUUGUACUGUUGGUUUCUCAGCUAAACAAAGAAAGGCAUGGUGCUCAUGGCACCUAGAAACAUAGAGCAGCUAAGCAACUGGGCUGGCUUUACAGAACUAUAAAACCCCAAAUUUCAAGCCAGGGGGUUAGAAGUGGGAGAUUUCAUGAGUGCCAGAGAUAACACUUCAGACAUUGUACUUUACUGUUGAUAAAAAAGUUUCUGAGAUAGCUUUGCUCAAGUGUAAGUUUAAGGAAGUACUUAUCCAUACUUCCUUUUUAAAAAUGUUCCUUUAACACUCUCACUCUCUCUCUCUCAUAUGUAAUCACGACGCUUUAUUUACUAGUCUCCAAUGUAAAUCCUACUACCACUCUCAGAGAAAUGUAGAAUGGCUUUCUAUGCCCCUUUUUAAUUCUCAUAACACUACUACAAAUGUAUCCUUUCCUUUGAGGUCGACUUUAGGUUUACACUGGGAAAGCAUUUCUCUUCCUACAUGGUAAGGAAGGCAGGGGUUUAGAGAAAUAGGAUUAAAAACUGGACAAAUUCUCUAUACUGUACUAUCUUGUUACUUAAUGCUGAGACAUUAAUUGAAAUUGCUUACGUUUUGCCCACUGGAUCCAGAACCUCAGUGGGGGCACUUACAGUGCAGAACCCCGCUGUGUUGGUAGGUAGAAAUUAGGGCACAAUAUUUUUAGAUUAUAUUUUACAGAACACUCACACAGCUUUAAGUAAGAAUUACAGGAGAUAAAAUUAAAUUGGCUUUAAGCAGUAAUUUCACAGUAGGGACUCCUUUUUUAUGAGCUGGCAUUUAGGCAGGCCAUUCCUUCAAGACUAUUUCUGAUUGUUGCGCAUUAGUUUACUAGAAUCAUUAGGCUUACAACUCAUAGGGACUUUCACUUCCUACUGUUGUAUCUUAAAUUUUAGUGUCUGAAGACUAGCAGCUGUUUGUCGUGGGGUAAGCCAAACAAGGGAACUUUAAAGGGGCGAUGAAGCAAUCAUUCGAGAACCUGAGUUGCCUUCAUUUAGCCCUGGAGCUCAUCCAGCUUCUCAGCUGAGUGCCAUUUAUACUAUUUUGCAUGUCUUAUUAAAAAUCACCUGCUGGAAGAUGAUGAUUUUUUAAUUUUCCGGGUCAGAAUGCCACCCUCUUCCUUUCUCUUUGUAUUAUGGGGUGUCCUCCUUGACUUUCAUUGCUCCCAUAAUGUCCAGCAUGGAUAAACAUUGAAUUAAACAUUCAAUACCACUGCAUUUAGAAACCUUUUAAUCUGUUUUAAUCUGUUACUGUAAUGGUACCUUAAUAAUUUCUAGUCUUAAUUAAAUAUUAGUUGAAGUGCUCCUUUCAGUGUGAAUAAUGGUUCUACCUGACUCCUAGAUAAAUAAACUGCUUUAACAGCCGUGAAUCUUUGGCUGGAGAUUGUGGAGGGACACCACAUAUUAGUAUCUGGAUUACUGCUAAAUAUAACAUGUAUUGUUUGGGUGCUGGCAAAUACACUUAUCUGUGCAGCCUUGUUACUGUUACCGGGUAUAUGGUGGUCUUUGGAGAUCUAUGGUUUAUGAAGUACCCAUUUUACUUGCUGUUCAAAGUACCAUGCAAGUGAACCGAGGCCUAGUUGUGCUCUGUACAGAAUGCAGACAAUAGGAGAUUUUACUGAACUGAGUAUUUUUGCCCGGUUAAAACAUUUCCAGCACCUCGUGAUUAAAACCAGAGAGGGAUUUCCACGUCCCAGUUUCUGGACAGUUGAUACCUGGUUAAGUUUCAUGAUAGUCUCCUGGUCUAGUUGAGACAAUAAUCUGACCUUUCACAUACUCUCUCCAUGAGAGUCAUCUGUAUUGAUAUUUCUGUGUUGACUUUGAAAAAGGAUAGAAAGGGCAUUCCAAUCUCAAACCAAAUGUAUGUGUCAUUUUUCUGUCUUAUCUUUAAUACUACCAUGGUGAUCACAGUUGUGGGAAAGAUGCUUACAAGAUCCAAACGCAACUCAGGUCUUCCCUUAAAUUUCUACGGGAGGGGAUUUGCUGGCUGUGACCUGCAUAAGCUCACAACUGGUAACGUUUCGCUCUGCACAAUCACACAUACAACAUGGUUGCCAGAUUGAAGCACAUCAUUUAUGUGCCUCCUUAUAGAAGACUAUGGGAAAGCCUUGUUGCCUGUGCAGAUCCAGCCUCUGGGAUUACUUUGAAAUCCCAUGAGGUUAUUCUGGGUUUGCCUGUGAUUAGCUAGAGGAGAAUAUGGGAAUGUCAGUGCUCCUUUGAAGGACAUUCCUGUGUUGUCUCAUAUAUUUUUUAGGGCACGUUAAAUUAGGGAAUAUGUUGAUGUUUCUAAAAAAUGACCAAGCAGAAGGAAAUACAUAGGAUUAUCCGCAAAAUGGUUGUGAAAGAACAGGUAGCUUUGAAGAUGGGCAAAGGGGUGUGUGUGUGUUUGUGUCUGUGUAUAUGGAGUCAUUCAUUGUGUAUUUAUUUGUGCCUAAAUUUGUCUGUUGCAAGCAAAUAUUUUGUUUGCUGCUACUGUGCAUAUCAAGUGGAAAUGCUCAGUUGUGUAUGUGUGUAUAAUGGUGCUGUUCCUGAAUCAUGUUCUUUACUGGAUAUAUUAUUCAAUAAAGUCUGUUUUUAACUUUAUAAGUUUUCAACAAUGACUUUGUUUGGAAUGUUUUUGGAUUGUUUGUAUACAUCUCCUAAUAUCUAACUUCAGCAGAUUACUAAUUUUAGUUAUUUAAGCCUCUGUGGGUGAGGACUGGGUUGCCACACAAAGAACUGGGUUGCUUUUUUAACCGGAAGCUUGGUGAGAUGUCGCACAGAGUAUUGUAUGUUACGAUUUGUUUUACCUGGAUUUUAAUUGUUUUUCUUUAUGUAAAUAGCCCUGGACAUUUUGUGUGUAACAUAAUAAUAAUAAUAAUAAUAAUAAUAAUAAUAAUAAUAAUAAUGGUAUGAUGAUUUCUGAAUAUGAGAUCUUGAUAAGAAACAUGGUUCUGAUGAAGAAAAAUAAACUCAAAACUGUCUAGUC